CGUCGCCGAGAUCGAUUCGCCUUAUAGCUGACUGCCUUUGCCAGAUUCUUAUAGAAAGUCCCACAGCCUGAAAGUUUUUAAGAAAACAAUACUGUGACAUUGCAUUCACUCCCUACCACAACCUCGAACGAGUUUGAAGAAAUCCAGACCCGGUUUGAUUUGCGACUCCUCGGUUCUAGGACAUCGGCAGCCAGCCAAGGUCCAUUGAAAUAAACAACAUCCAAAGUUCUCGGCGAUCCCAUUCUACCUUCGACAUCAUGUCAGAAACGAAUAGAAUAAACCCCCACAAAAAAGUCUUCACAAUCAAAAACUUCCUCUCCUUACCACUCCGCGAGCGCGUGCUGGGUCUCGAGAGGGAAAUCGUCAGCGACCCAACAUACUUCGGCUUCGACACACACUCGCUUCAACAUGCCAACCUGCAACUGCUCGACGCGCAGCCAAAUUCUGUGAAAUGGAGUCUAGAUAUCGGAUCGGAGCUGUGCAACAAAUCCGGCAACCUGCACGGUGGCGCGGCGGCAACGCUGCUGGAUAAUCUGACGAGUACGGCGUUGCUGACAAUAGCAAAGGAAGGGUUCCUGGAUGCUGGACACGUGAGCAGGACGAUCACCAUGACCUAUUUACGGCCAGUGCCGAUGGGGAGCAAGGCGAUUGUAGACUGUGAGGUGCAAGCUGCCGGAAGGAACACCGCAAACAUCAUGGGCAAGAUUUACGUGAAUGGGAAGCUCUGUGUUACUUGCGUGCAUGAUAAGGCGGUUUUUUCGAGUUCGAAACAGGCCAAGUUAUAGAACAGCACAGAAGGUCGGAGUCAGGAUGGUAGAGGCUGCGGAAUUGUGCUUUCGAAGUGAUAGACUCCAUGGGUGGGUGGGUGGAUAGAAUAGACUUGAUCUGUAUUUGUGAACCCCUGAUCUUCA